CUCGUUCUCUUGAAUUCUCGCGCGAUUUCUUCUUCUCCUCCUCUUUCACUCCCUGUAGCCAACAUGGCAGUCGGCAAGAAUAAGAGGCUGACUAAAGGCGGCAAAAAGGGUGCCAAAAAGAAGAUUGUGGAUCCCUUCUCCAAAAAAGACUGGUAUGAUGUCAAGGCGCCGGCCAUGUUCAUCAUCCGCAAUCUUGGCAAGACGUUGGUCACCAGGACUCAGGGAACCAGAAUCGCCUCAGACGGUCUGAAGGGUCGCGUGUUCGAAGUGAGCCUCGCUGACCUGCAGAACGACGAGGUAGCCUUCCGCAAGUUCAAGCUGAUCACGGAGGAUGUUCAGGGCAAGAACUGCCUCACCAACUUCCACGGCAUGGACCUAACCCGUGACAAGAUGUGCUCCAUGGUCAAGAAGUGGCAGACCAUGAUCGAGGCCCAUGUGGACGUGAAGACCACAGAUGCUUACCUGCUGCGUCUCUUCUGCGUGGGCUUCACCAAGAAGCGCACCAACCAGAUCCGCAAGACCUCGUACGCCCAGCACCAGCAAGUGCGCCAGAUCCGCAAGAAGAUGGUAGAGAUCAUGACCCGUGAGGUGCAGACCAAUGACCUGAAGGAGGUCGUUAACAAGCUGAUCCCUGACAGCAUUGGCAAGGACAUCGAGAAGGCCUGCCAGUCCAUCUACCCCCUGCACGAUGUCUACGUCCGCAAAGUCAAAAUGUUGAAGAAGCCCAAGUUUGAACUGGGCAAAUUGAUGGAGCUCCAUGGCGAAGGCAGUUCAGGCAGCGCUGCCAAAACAGCCGGAGACGACACCGGAGCCAAGGUGGAGAGGGCAGACGGUUACGAGCCCCCCAUCCAGGAGUCUGUCUAGAAAUAAAAGCCCUGACAGAUUUAAUAAUAAAAAAAUGUAAAUGACCAA